AUGGCGAUCCUCCACCUCGUGGCCCUCGCGACGGCCGCUGCAUCCGUGCGGGGCGCGCCCCUGCAUACCAACACGCUGGACAAGCGCGCGCUGCCGAAGGGCAUCGACGUCUCGGGCUACCAGCCGGACGUGGACUGGAAUACUAGUACCGUGAAGGCGAACGGCGUGGCGUUCGCGCAUAUCAAGGCUCCCGAGGUCUGGGACAACUCGGCGUUCUCGGGCCAGUACACCGGCGCGACGGAUGCGGGGCUGGUCAGGGGUGCGUACCACUUUGCGCACCCCCACGCGAGCUCCGGGGCCACGCAAGCGAAGUAUUUCCUCGCGCACGGAGGCGGGUGGUCCGGCGACGGGAUCACUCUCCCGGGCGCGCUCGACAUCGAAUAUAACCCGAACGGCGCGGAGUGCUACGGCCUGUCCGCGGCCGCGAUGGUCUCCUGUAUCCAGGACUUUUCCAACACGCACCACGCCUCCACGGGCAGGUGCGUCCCCUCCCGUCCCUCUUCCUCCUCCUCCUACCCCGCGAACUAA